AUGACAAAAUCUAAUGAAAACACAAGGAAGAUUGCCGUGCUGACUUCUGGCGGAGAUGCAGCAGGAAUGAACGCUGCAGUUAGAGCUGUUGCCAAAAUGGGUCUUUACAGAGGCUGUGAGGUGUUUAUAGUUCGUGAAGGCUGGGCCGGUUUAGUCGCAGGUAACGUCAACGCUGCUCCUGCAGAUGUACGCCCUCCACCUCAAAGAGCGGGCAAAUACCACGGAAAUCAAGACGUUGAAGGCGAAAAAUUUGCUGCAACCUUCGGUGAAGGUGAGCUACUCCAAGAGGGCGCUGGUGAAGGCUUGAAGGGUCGCCAUAUCUUGAAAGUUGGUUGGGAUGACGUUCGUGGUUGGAUGGAUAUCGGUGGUACUCUCAUUGGUACCGCUAGAUGCGCGGAAUUCCGUGAAAAGGAAGGUCGCGAAACUGCUGCUUUCAACUUGAUUAGCCUCGGUAUUGACGCUUUGGUUGUUAUUGGCGGUGAUGGUUCCCUUACCGGUGCUGACAGAUUACGCGGUGAAUGGCCUUCCCUUCUCGAUGAUUUGGAGAAAUCGAAGAGAAUCUCAGCUGAGCAGCGCAGUAAACACGCUCAUCUUACUAUUACUGGUAUCGUUGGCUCUAUCGAUAACGACAUGGCUAUGACCGAUAUCACUAUUGGUGCUCCAACCGCUUUACAUAGAAUUUCUGAAGCUGUUGACUCCAUUGGUUCAACCGCUUCUUCUCACUCUAGAGCCUUCGUUGUUGAAGUUAUGGGUCGUCAUUGCGGUUGGUUGGCCGUCAUGGCUGGUUUGGCCUGUGGUGCCGACUAUAUAUUCAUCCCUGAACGUCCUCCAAAAUCUGAGGACUGGGAGAGCGAAAUGUGCAACGGCCUCAAGUCUCACCGUGAACAUGGCAAGAGAAAGACAAUUGUUAUCGUUGCUGAAGGUGCUUUGGAUCGUCAAUUGAAGCCAAUUAAGCCUGCAUAUGUUGCAGACAUUCUCACAAAGCGUUUGCAACUCGACACUAGAGUAACUACCCUCGGUCACGUUCAACGUGGUGGUAAGCCAUGUGCUUAUGAUAGACUUUUGGCAACUUUGCAAGGUGUUGAAGCUGUUGAAGCGGUUUUAGAUGCCACCCCACAAACACCAAGCUACAUGAUUGGGUUAAAGGAAAAUAAAGUUAAGAGAGUUAGUUUGAUGGAUGCAGUUAAGGCUACUGCUGGUGUCGGUGAUGCUAUUGAGAAGAAGGACUUUGACCAAGCACUUCAACUCAGAGAUCCAGAGUUCUUGGAGAAUCUUGAAGCAUUCGAUUACUCGACCAUUGUCGGCGAUAACAAGCACUUGCCAGAGGGUCAGAGACUUAGAAUUGGUAUCAUUCACGUCGGUGCACCAGCAGGUGGUAUGAACGCUGCAACCAGAGAAGCAGCAAGAUUCUGUUUAGCCAGAGGUCACACUCCAUUAGCCAUCUACAACGGUUUUGAAGGUCUUUGGGCUGAGGCUGGAAAUGGCGUACAGCCAUUAUCUUGGUUACAAGUAGACAACUGGUCAUCAAGAGGUGGUUCAGAGCUCGGUACCAACAGAUCGCUGCCUGCAGAUGACUUGGACAGCACAUCGAAGGCAUUGCAAAACCACAACAUUGAUGCACUCUUGAUGAUUGGUGGUUAUGAAGCAUACACAGCAAUUCAAACACUCAAGAACGCAAGAACCAACUACCCAGCCUUCCAAAUAUCAAUGGCAGUGAUCCCAGCAACAUUAUCAAACAAUGUACCAUUGACAGAAUUCAGUGUUGGCUCAGACACAGCAUUGAAUGCGCUGGUUGAUGCAUGUGACGCAAUCAAGCAAUCAGCAGCAGCGUCAAGAAACAGAGUUUUCGUCGUUGAGACACAAGGAGGAAAGUGUGGAUACUUGGCAACAGUGGGUGCUUUAGCAACUGGAGCUAACAUAGUGUACACGCCAGAACUCGGGAUGGACUUGGGAUUAGUUCAGAGUGAUGUGGAGUUCUUGAAGCGUCGUUUCGCAUUGGAUGUCAAGGGCAAAUCAGAUGGUAGAUUUAUAAUCAGAAACGAGAAAGCGUCGUCAGUUUAUUCGACAGAGUUCCUCACAAACAUGCUCAAGGAGGAGGGCAAGGAAUUGUUUGACUCAAGAGCAGCGAACCUCGGACACACGUUGCAAGGUGGGACACCAUCACCAAUUGACAGAGCUAGAGCAUGCAGAUUAGCUGUCAGAUGUAUAAAGUUCUUGGAGGACAACAGCACAUCGCGUCAAGCUGGUGCUAAGGAUGAGAGUGCAGCUGUGAUAGUUAUAGAAAAUGGACAAGUACGAUUGGCGCCAGUUGAGGACGUUUCCAAGGUGGCAGACGAUAAGAAUAGACGUGGAAUGGACCCUUGGUGGACACACCUCAAGCAUUUGGUUGAAGUUUUGUCCGGAAGAAGGACGUUAGCGGGUGGUCGUCAUCACGAGGAGAGAAUGAACAAGUAA